AUGUCGGCCGGCGGAGCACCAGUUCCGCCGCCUCCGAAUCCCGCCAUGUCCUUCCCAGCGCCGCGGGUCACCCUGCCCGCCGGCCCCGACAUCCUGCGGACCUACUCGGGCGCCUUCGUGUGCCUGGAGAUUGUGUUCGGAGGACUCGUGUGGAUCCUAGUCGCCUCCUCCAAUGUUCCUCUACCUCUGUUGCAAGGAUGGGUCAUGUUUGUGUCUGUGACAGCUUUCGUCUGUUCCCUUCUCUUCCUGGGCGUGUUCCUCUCUGGCGUGGUGACUCAGAUUAAUGCCAAUUGGAAUUUCCUGGACUUCGCUUACCAUUUCACAGUCUUUGUAUUCUACUUUGGAGCCUUUUUGCUGGAGGCAGCCACCACGUCGCUGUACGACCUACGCUGCAAUAGAACCAUGACUGUGCAGCCACUCCUGAGUGAUAACCAGUAUAACAUAAACGUGGCGGCCACAAUUUUUGCCUUUGUGACGACAGCUUGUUAUGGUUGCAGUUUGGGUCUGGCUUUACGAAGAUGGCGACCGUAA